UCGUUUCUGGUUUCCCCACUCUCGCUGAUGGGCUGGCCAAAAUGGCGGCGCGGGCUACGGGCACGUCCCGUGUGCUAAACAAAUUGGAAGCGUGCAUCGACUCCGGAAAUUAUUACGAAGCCCAUCAGAUGUACAGGACCCUAUAUUUCAGAUACCGAGGCCAAAAGCGAUACGGCGAGCUCAAGGAACUGCUCUACAAUGGUGCCGUCAAGCUCCUCAGGUUGGAACAGUGCAACAGCGGAGCCGACCUUGCGAACCUACUAGUGGACGUGCUUGUUCAGUCCGACACUGAACCCUGCGAUGAACAGAUCGAACGGUUGGGGCGCCUGUUUGCCCUGCUGGUGCCACACUCGCCCGAGCGGUCGGCGUUCCUGGCGCGGGCACUGCAGUGGUCGGCCGGCAAGGAGCAGCCCGCGCGGGGUCACCCCCAGCUCCACCGGCUGGUGGCGCUCACCCUCUGGAAGGAGAAGAACUACCCGGAGGCGCGGCACCACUUCGUGCACUCGACGGACGGCGACGGCUGCGCUGCCAUGCUCAUCGAGUUCCAGACGACCAAGGGCUACAGCUCCGAGAUCGACCUGUUCAUCGCCCAGACGGUGUUCCAGUACCUGUGCCUCCGCAAUCCUUCCACAGCCUCGGUCGUUUUCUUAGCGUACACGCGUCGCCACCCCAGCGUCCACCCUGGGCCGCCCUACUACCUGCCGCUGCUCAACUUCCUCUGGUUUCUCCUCCUCGCCGUUGAAACGAGGAAGCUGGCGGUGUUCACAGUGCUGUGCGAGCAGUACCAGCCGACCAUCAGCCGGGACCCCACGUACCCACAGUACCUAGACAAAAUUGGCCAGCUCUUCUUCGGCCUCCCGCCGCCACCCAAGCCGCAGGGCAUGUUCGGCAACCUGAUCCAGACGCUACUGGGGGGACUGGAAGACGACGACUCCGGCACGUCGUCACAAGCGGGCAUGGCGUCGGGGCAGUCGACAUCCGCAGAGGUCCAGCCGGAAGAGUUGGAUUAGGUUUUAUACGGAAGGAGACGGAGUCCAGCGUCGUUGACGGCCCCGGUUUCCGCCGCCGGCAGAUCGGAACUCGAGAUGUGCGAGCAAGGUUUAACGGGCCCGGCAUAGUUUUUGUGCAUAAAGGAAAAAAGAUGGCGAUUGUUAUCAUCACGGUAAAAAUCCACUUGACGCGACACAGAGAAGCUCUACGACAAAGCGAGCGAGGAUGGAGUUGCUCUUCGAAGGGAAGGGAAAAAAAAAAGAAUGGGUCAGUGGUGCCGUUUGUUGCAGACGUUUUAUCGCUUGUAGAUUUUACGCGUCCUGGCUGCCGGCUACGUUUAUAACGCCGCGCGCGGGUCGAUGCGGCCCGGGAUACGGAUGGCCACGAUCCGCGCGUUUUUUUUUGAUGUCGGGAGGGUCGGGCGUGGAGGAUUUUUUUUUUUUUCAAACAGUCAUCGCUUAGCCAACAGUUGUUGCCAGUUACCAGCGAUGGCUGACAGCACGGCGUUGUACGUUAGUUUACGAAAUAUUUGUCAUUUUUUCUUCUUGCUUUGCUGAAACCAGCAGCCCAACAGCAUUUUUGUUUUCUUUCUCUUCGAGGCUCAAUUGAAGUGCAUUUUUGCAAUGUAAGUUUAUUAUUAUUAAACUAUCCUGUGAAUUCUGGGAGAGCCUAUUACUUUUUUUAUUACUUCCUUUGUUUUAAUAUGCUUUGACUGUUUACAGACUGGUUUCUGUGGAAAAAAAAGAAAAGUUCAUUUGGCUUAUGAAAGAAGCUGCUGUGAAUACACUACGUUUGCCACUGGAGCAAUAAAAAAAAAGUGACACACCGA